UUGACCCAAACUCAAAAAAAAUUCCUCUUCGAAAUCUCAAAGCUGGAAAAAUAUUGUGCGAAAUGGUGGAAGAUAAACGAAACGGAUCACUCGGAAGCCGGUCUCAAGCUUUAUGUGGAGGAACUCACCAAACACCUAGCAUGGGUUGAACAGGCAUACGAGCUUGUACACAUGUGUUGCAGUGACGAAAAGUAUAGGAAAGCAUACGAAACGAAAUAUGACGCAGCCAUCGAUAUGUGCCACAAUACUAGGACCCGAAUAAACCAACUGCUCCCCAGACUUCAACAAAACGCGAUAGGCGCAAGCGCAACCACCAUUUCAGCAGCCCCAGCCCCACCCCUAACUCAAAACUACUUAAAAGUACCUGCUUGUGACACUGAUUUCUUUUAUGGCGGCUAAGAAGAUUGGCCGCCCUUCAGGGACAUGUUCACAGCAGUUUACAAACAACACCCCCAACUCUCUCAAGCCCAAAAACUGUACUACUUAAAGCUAAAAACCCGAGGUAAAGCAGCACUUUUAAUAAAAAACUAUGAGAUGAAUGACCAAAACUUUGAGCUCGCAUGGGAUGCAUUAAAAUCCCGUUAUGAAAAUCGCAGACUCCUUGUCGACAACCAACUCAAAACCCUCUUUAAUAUUCAGCCCAUUCAAAGCGAAAAUGGGGAAAAAAUUCAGGCAAUUCAGACAACAAUAAACAAUUGCCUCUCGACUUUGAAAUCAAAUGGCGUACCCACAGAAAACUGGGACCCCAUAUUAAUACAUCUCUGCUCCUCAAAACUCCCAGAUGAAACCCUAGCGUUAUGGGAACAGUCACUCGACUCUAGAAAAGAGUUACCCCUCUGGUCAGAAAUGAAUAAAUUUCUGACAACCCGUUAUGAAAUCGUAGAGAGACUUAGUACGUACAGGCCAAAUAAACCCAAGGCCCCAGCUCCAAAUUAUACCCCACGCUCAUCAACACCUAAUCAUACUCAUUCCUUCGGCUAUAAAAACAGAACUCACUCAUUUAACACUGGGUUAAAAAACAGGUAUCUUGCAAAUUAUGCAACUAAAAUCACUCUCUGAUGAACUGUGUCAAAUUCAAGGAGCUCUCAGUUCUGGAACGCAAUAAGUCAAUAAGUUCAUAAGAGACAACAACUAUUGUAAAAACUGUUUGGCCUGCUCUCACUCAGAAAUUGAGUGCCACAGCAAGUUUACCUGCGUUUAUUGCCAAAAACGGCAUCACUCUCUUCUCCAUUACCCCGCUAGAUCACCAACAGCAAAUACAGGCACCAGGUCUAAAACAAAUCAGGCACGAGUCCCAUCUCCAGGGAAUAGCAACCCAAACGAAGCAUCAACCUCAAAGGCAGCUCAACAAACUCUCUCACAUUUUGCGAGUAGUAGAGAAAAAACCCUACUUCCUACCGCAAAAAUCUCAAUCCUGCAUAAUGGAGAAAUUUUCAAAAUUCGAGCUCUUGUAGAUCAAGGAUCUCAGAAAACAUUCAUAGCGUCUCGCAUACAAAACCUGCUUGGCCUCACGACAUAAGCGACUAGUUAUGAAAUUAUGGGAAUGGGUGGCCGCGUACUGCAAAAUGCGAACAGAAUCUGCCCGAUUACCAUUUGUUCUGCUGAUUCAACUAUGAAAAUAACGACAAACGCGAUAAUACUCCCGCAACUUACUCAUUUCUUGCCAUCGUUCAAAGUUACAUAUAUUGAACUGCAAGAAUACUCAUCCCUCCCCCUAGCAGACCCCCACUGUUUUACUCCAGCUCGAAUAGACAUGGUAUUAGGAAGCGAUGUCAUUCCCCAAGUGUUACUCCCAGGCCUAAAAACCAAUGUCGGUGGAAGUUUGAUAGCCCAAAACUCAAUAUUUGGGUGGAUUUUGAGCGGCCCACUGACGGAGCAAGUAUCAUCAUUCUCAACCCAGGUAGUUGAAAGCACAACAAACUCUCUCAAUGAUCUGCUCAAGAAGUUCUGGGAUCAGGAGGAAGUACCAGCAACCCCAUCCCUCACUGACGAUGAUGUAUUUUGUGAAGAUCUCUAUCAAAAGUCCACAACUCGCAGAGAUGACGGUCGUUACGUGGUAAAACUUCUGUUUAAAACUACUUUCCCGGACACGAUUGCACACGGACACUCCAAGCCUGCAGCACAACUACAAUAUCUCAGUAUCGAGAGAUCGCAUGAAAAGAAGCCGGAACUGCAACAAACAUACUCGAAGGUCCUGGAAGAAUACCUCUCAUUGGGUCACAUGGAACCCACAUCGUCCCGAGAAACAAUACGUGAAGGCAAAUAUUUUUCAUAGUACCUACCCCACCACGCAGGAAUUAAACCACAUAGUAAAACUACCAUGGUGCGAGUAGUUUUCAACGCGUCGAAACUUUCGCAUUCAAGUAUCUCUCUUAAUGCCAUCCUCCACACAGGCCCAAUUCUCCAAAAUGAUCUUAUGCUCGUUCUACUCAAAUGGCGUUUGUACAAAUACGUUUUCAAUGGCGACAUUGAGAAAAUUUA